ACACACACACACACACACACACACACACGAAUACUGGGAUGUUGGAGGAAAUGUAAGAGAGAAAGUGGAGGCGGAUGUAAGACUGCGCAGCAUAUAUAAAGGACAGUAGAAUUUUCGCGAGCAAAAGCCAGCCUUUAGUUGGUUUUUACUUGCAGAACCAAUCUGUUAGUCAGUCAGUCGGCCACAGUUCUGUUAUCUAUUUCUCUGUCUGUCUGCACUACACUGACUAAUAUAUUACGUCAAUAGUUAAGUGUGUUGGAAAAAGAUGGCGACCAGACAGCCUUUAACGCUUGUUUUAGCUGUCGUCUGCUCGAUCGUCUGCUAUUGUGGAGUCUCAGUUAUCGCUGGGCCUGUUACUUUUGAAGACGCCUUUAAUUCAUCCAGAUAUCCUUUCAGUUUUAAGAAAUCGGAAAACAAUCCUGAUCAGAACUCUGCAGAAGUAUACGAUAAUCCAAGCGUUCAACGAAAUUGGCGACGUUCUGGACGGCUUCCCGACCGCGUCAGAGGUCAGCAUUUGAACCAGCGAAAUAGAGCUCAAAACGGUGGACAAGAUUCUGGCCAACAGAAUGGAAAUUCCGAUCAGCGACGCCAGCAAAGCUCUCUUCGGCGGCCUUUCAGCAUCCGACGCGAUUUUGGACGAGAUAGCCUUAGAUACGAAGGUGGACGUCGGCAUGAGUAUAAUUCUAGACGAGAUUACGAUGAACGUCAGUACGGAGGUGAGCGUGGAGAUUAUGAGCGAGUUAACUAUGAUGGUUAUGAGGAAGGGCCUUACGAUGGAGACGGGCACAAUCGAGGUGGCCAUCAUGGAGGCCGCCAUCAUGGAGGUGGCCACCAUGGAGGAAUGCAUCAUGGACGAGGUCACCAUGGAGGGAGACAUCAUGGCGGUCACCAUCGUGAGGAGCGACCUUAUGGAGGUCACCGUGGAGAAGGGCAUAAUAGGGGAAGCCUUCAUGGGGAGGGCAACCAUGGAGGAGGUCACCAUAGAGGUGGUCCCUAUGGAGGAGGUCACCAUGGAGGAGAUCAUCAUGGAGGAGGUCACCAUGGAGAAGGUCACCAUAGAGGAGGUCACCAUGGAGGUCACCGUCAUGGGGAGGGCGACAAUGGAGGCCAUCAUGGCGGUCACCACAAUGGAGGCUGCCAUCAUGGCGGUUAUCAUGAUGGAGGUAGCAUUUGCUAUCGUCGGAGCAACCGACGAAACAGAUACCCUAGCUAUCAACGCGACCACUCUGACGAUUGGCGCAGCUAUGAUCCACACUGUGGCGUGAAAGGAAUGGUAUUGGGCCAGCACUGCACACAGAACUACGAAUGGGCCGUCAUCCCACCACCACCUUACGAUAGAGAAAUGACGAAAUUCUAUGAUGCAGAGGAAUCCCAGCCGCCACCAACUGAUGACGCGAGUGAUCAUCCGAGGAGGAGGCUUCCAAGAAGUGUCAGGUAUUUUGGUUCCAAAACAUAUUGACAUAAUUAUAUAUAU